AUGCUGGCAACAGUGCAAUAUGAAGUCGUAGACAACACUGAGGCCGUGGCUGCUAUCGCCAGCAAGGCCGAAAAACUGGCCGCCUUUAAUUUAUUGCAAGCUGAAGCUCUCUCCAACUUGGAGCACCGAGUUAAAGACAUCUCCUCGAGUCCUAGUGAUCUCACCUUGCAUCUUGAUGAUGAAAAAGAGGGGGAGAAAGACAAGAGUGAGAAAAUUGCCAUGGAGAAUGCCAGUAAUGCUGCUGUUGAUGAAGCCCUUGCUCUUUUCCCUCAUGCAGAUGUUAUCCCUGCCGUUAAGGAUGCCAACAAAACUGAUGAAGUUGAAGCUGAGGAUGAUUAUGAUGUCAAUGGUGGUGAUGAGAAAAUUGAUGAUGAAGAGGAAGAUGAGGAUAAAGAACCUCAGAUCCCUAAUGUUGGACAACACCUUGGAGACGACGAUGAUGAUGAAGAUGAUGACGACUUUACCAUUUAA